AUUCUUUUUCAUAAAAGACGCUUUCCGACGUAUGAUCCUAUCGUAACGCUCACGACUUGACGUCCGUCCGAGCCUUUCACUCUUUUUGAAUCAUCAGUACACGUUCAUUACGCCGUUGACCGGCCAGCCAUUCUUUUUACCUGUGUUGCCAGCCUUUUUCAUUUUAACGACGAUUCCCAAUAUCCGCAUUUUCUUUUUACUUCUUAUUCCUCUUGUAUUCAAACUGUCAUCAUGUCCCUCUACUCAACCAACCCGUCUUUAACCUCUCACGUCCUGUCCGGUCGAUCCUGUGUCACCUGCGAUUCAACUGCCCCGACGUGCCCGUCAUGCCCUUCUGGCGAAAUAUGUACCAUGAUCAGUCAGUCGUGUGACCAGUGCGCCACCACGAAAUGCGUUAAGACGUCUAGCGGUUCAAGCUCGCAGGGUAGCUCGUCGGGGGGAAGUAACGCGGGGGCCAUCGCCGGUGGUGUGGUUGGUGGUCUCGCUGCCUUGGCCAUCGUCACGUUUCUGGUAUGGUGGUUCGUCGUCCGCAAGAAGCGUCAGGAAUUGGCCGAACAACAAGGAACUAGCGAUGCAGAAAAAUCCAGCAUAUUCGCCGAUGCUCGCCAAGCACGGAAGUCGACCAAUUCGAUUGCCUCUACCGUGCUCACUCGCGCAUCAAACGUCAUUCAGAUCGCCUAUAUCCCCGGUGUCACCAACCGCUCGCCCCCAGAAACCCCCCUGGUGCCGCCUGUGCCUCCGCUUCCAGGUGCUGGUCCCGAUCAGCAUUUCUUCAUGCCGGGUGACCUACGUGACUCGGCCUGGUCCGAGGCCUCCCGCCAGCAUCGCAGCAUCGCCCCCAGUUUGCGUAGCAGCGUUGCCACCACGAUCUAUCGGGAUAAUGCGAUUGUGAGCCCCAUGCCGGCUCAGCAGGCUAUGCGUACCCGAGCCGCCGUGGUCAGCAUUCACAACGGUGGUAACCCUCCGGGAUCCGGAAACAUGCUGGCUCCUCCCGAUGCGCCUGCGGUUCCCGCCAUCACGCAAGCACAGCUCGCCCGCGCCGGUAUCAGCGAGUCGAACAGCAACAGCUCUAUCGUGGCACGCACGGUCACCGCUAAACCGGUUAUGGUGAAGGGCAGCAUCAAAAAGAAGAACAAGGACCCGAACAGUAGUAACACGCCUACGCCUAACGCUACAUCGCCCGCCGUGCAAACGAUUGCAGAGCAGUCAGAGCCAUCGACCUCGGCUGCAUCGAGUACGAAGCCACCAUCUGGCCCGACCUCGGGAUUUGACGCCAACUCGUCGGACGAGGAAGAAGCCGCUGCGAAGAACAUCCAACGUGGAAAGGGCGGAUCACCAGCUCCUAAGAGCCCGACGGUAAUUGAGGAUUCACCCGCCGUCGAGCAGAGCCCUUUCCGCGAUCAAUCAGCCCCCCAGACAAACCAACGCGCAUCGGCGCGCUUGUCUCGACUCGAGGCCGAUGAGGGCACAAGAUCUAAUCGAAGUAGCCGAAUCCCACUCGAGCGGACGGAGAGUCCAUUUUCCGACGCCAACGAGGUGAAAUGAGUUCCGCGCAUGCUUUUGUCUCUUGUUUUUCGAUGUAAUCUGGGUCCUGGUUGGCGACUAUUGGCGUAUGAGCACGUUUGGGUCAAUUGACCAUGUUAUAGAAGCUAUGUUAUCUUGCACCUUUCUUGUAUCUAUGAUCCGCUAUGGUAUUUGGAUCGAUUAUAGGUCUUCCGAUCAUUUAGGAAUUACUACGGGAUUGGCCGUGAAUCAGAAAUCAAUUAUCUCUUGGCUGUCUACUCUUUUCCUAGCAAUUCCACACCACCCUUGGUUCAGG